AACAUUCAAUAAAGACGGCCACGCGCAUUCUACCGCGCCUCCCAUUGAAAGUGCCCAUUCCCAUUUAGCAGAAUGUCUGAUUUUGUACCAUCUUCGAUAGCCUGCCUGACGCUGAUGCUGCUGCAGAUGGUCCUUGCCAAGGAGUACAGCUGGUGUGAUCCAACGCUCUGCGAAAAGGGUGUGCGGCAUGUGGCCUGCCGGAAUACAGGGCACUUUCACAGACGCUGCCAGCCGGAUUCCUUCCAGGUGGACAUCAGUCGCCACAAAUCGGACUUCCUGCACGCGCACAACAAGAGGAGGAACUUCCUGGCGCUGGGACGAGUGCCCGGCUAUUACCCAGCCGCUCGCAUGGCCACCAUGGUGUGGGACGAUGAGCUGCAGUAUCUGUCGCAGCUGAAUACAAAUACCUGUGUGCUGGAUCACGAUGACUGCCACAGCACGUACCGCUAUGCCAACUCUGGCCAGAACCUAUGCGCGGUGUGGCGUAACAGGAAUCCCCAUGUGAAUGUGACCAGCCUAGUGGAGGAGUGCAUCGGACUGUGGUUUAACGAGUGGGAUCUGAUCGACAACAGCUUCAUCGACGCCUUCAAGGUGACGCCGAUAUUCGAGGACUAUGGACACUUUGUGGAGAUGAGCGUGGACAAGAACUUCGCCAUCGGCUGCUCCAUCAUGCGCUUCACGCGGCCCGACUACCCCUCCGUGUACAUCUACAAUGUGGUCUGCAACUACGCCUCGCUGUACGCUUUGGGCGCAAUCGUCUACGAGACGGGCUAUCCGGCCUCGCGCUGCACCACGGGGAAGAGCAACUUCUAUCCGGGUCUCUGCUCCACUCGCGAGGAGUACGAUCCUAAUUGGUGAUCUAUGGUGAUCUAAACAUCUUCCCUUUAGUUUUACUCAGGUCCAACUGUCAAGUAUUGAGAAAAGAAACCCGUAGCUUUACAUAAAAAAAACAAACGAAUAAAUGAUCGCAUCGACGUCACGUUUUGUUCGAUUCCA